GGGAGAGCUGAGCAGGGAGAACGAGCGAGGAGGAGAGGGAGAGCUGAGAGCACGUAACCUGCCUACAAAUGAACACCACUAUCAAAGUCUAGUGGCUUGGUGAGUUUAUUCAUGGCUCUCGUGUCCUCAAGGUUUGCUUUACAGCCGAUACUUCCUUAUGUGGAUUAUUAUUAUAUAUAUUUUUUUUUGGGGGGGGGUCGUCUAUUCCUGAUAAUGAUUCCGCGUCAAGCAGUAUUCCACUUCUGAGCGACUUCGACAGCUCAGAGCACGGCCAAUAAGCCCGCACAGCUCCUUCGUGACUCACUGGAUCUUCGGCUGACAGACCCGAAGUGUCAAAUUCAGGACGGAAAUACUGAGAGAUGGAGAAUUCUGCAGCCGCGGUGACCGUGGAAUAAUUUAGCAAAAUGACAAGCUUAUUUGACCGACUCAGAAGAAAGAAAAGAGUCUUGACUGCUUAAAUGUGAACUUAAUUUGGACAAACUCAAAGAUCGACAGAGGGCAAUUACUUUUCCCUGUUUAACAGGAUAAGACCAUCAUAGCAGAGAGGGAGCCUUUUCAAAUAUUUUGGGACAUAUAACAAACAAAGCAAUCGAUGUAAGGAAUCAGUUUGGACCUUCGUGUUCAUCCAGGGACCAUUCGACUUCUACUAAUAGACGAAGUGGAUCUCAAUCAAGCCAGGUGGAGAGGCAAAGCAAGAACGCAUGCUUUGGGCAUGGUGCCUACGCCCCAGGUGUGCGUAUCAACCCUGGUCACAGUGAGCACAAUGGCAGUGGUCGACCUCUACCUGCUGGAGCAGAGCAUGCUGGGAGCCCGCGGCAAGGCAGGGCCCAGCGUGUGGCCAUGCGCCGCCGUGCUGCUAGGUGACCUGGGCUUCCUGCUGGCGCUGCGGUUUGUGUCGGCGGGCGUGGUGUCGGAGGCGCUCUCCCCCCGCCGCGGCUUCGCCAACGCCCUCUGGUUCCUCUUCCUGUCCCUGCUCCAGCUCAAACUCUUCUUCGUCUGCCAGAACUACCGGACGGAACGUCGGCCACCUGACCCCUUGGCCAGGAAGACACUCACCCUGCUGCUGUCUAUCUGCCUUCCUUCCCUGUUCCUCAUCCUGACUGGGGCUGACAACAUGACGCCAAUGCGAAGGAAGCAGGAGGUGCGAGGGAGGCUGCUCUGGGUGGUGGUGGACCUGCUGGACGUUCUGGACCUGCAGGCCGGGCUGUGGGAAGCCCAUGCAGGGUCCACUGACCUGAGGGUGCCCCUGUGGGCCGAAGGCCUGGUGUUCUUCUACUGCUACGCCCUGCUGCUGCUGCUGCCCUGUGUGGCCCUCACAGAGCUGGGGGCCGCCGCCAUGCCGGGACAGAGGGGGGCACGUAAGGAGCCCCUGUACCCCUGGCUCAGCCUGGUCACCAUCAACGUGUUCACACUGGCCCUCAGGGGAACGGGCAUGCUGUGGUACCGGGACCCCCGGGUCUCGACAGUGUUCCUGGGGAAGAACCUGCUGGCCCUGGCUGUGAAGCUGAGCUCAGCCUGGGAGAGGCACAAGCAGGGUGGGGACAGAGGGAUGGGGGCUGGGGAUGGAGCAGAGGCAGGGGGGGAAUCCACCCUGGCAACACAGAGCUCAGAGCAGACGGAGGAACUAGCCACAGGCAAAACCACCCCUGGGCCGCCCUCCCGCUACCACAUACCGUCCCACUCCCACAGCCACGGUUACUCCCUGUCCCACGUCAGUCUGGAUCCCACAGAGACCUCAAUGGGCCCCUCCAUCUCCCAUGAACUCUAGAAACUGACCAGAGAGAAAGACAGCUCGGCAUCAGCCGUCAAGCUCAUCAGAGCUCCCAGGUCAGGGAAGCAUUUAGCACUGAAGACGGUUGGCCUCACACACUGAGACAGAAACUAAAAACCACAGGCAACCAACCCAGGCAAUCACAGCAGUAACUCAUCCAAUUAGCUCACUUUGGUUAAAGGGAUGAUUUAUCCAUCCCCUGGGUCCCGGACGCUUGUAGUAUUUGAGAGAGGGCUGGGGUGGCGUGAGAAAUGUAAAGCGAAGAACUGCAUUGUUUUCCAAGGAGCUACAAUUAGUACUGGUUCCACACAGACAUUGGUGUCAUAUGGGACAUAAUCCCGUGGUGUUUGUCAGUGUGUUUCCUGUGAAAGCUCUUCCACCGCUGUUGUCAGCGACACCUCCAGGACAGCUUACAAACUGAAAUAAAGUUUUUCAUUCUCCCAGGCUCCGACACUUUAUUGGCCAUGUGUAGGAGG